CCGGAAGACAUUCCAGACCCAGAGCUCACCUGGCCAAGAAAAACAGAGGCGUUUUUCUUGUAAUAUCUACCCCGUUCCUCGCUCUUCUGGAAAGAUGUGUCUUCUCGUGGGACCCCAGGGUGUUGGGAAGACGCUGCUUUUGAAACGACUCCAAUUUCUGUCAGGGAAGGACAAGCUGGGAGAUAUGGAGGAGGCACCGGCUACAAUUCCUACAGUGGGAACCAACCUUGUGAAUGUCCAAGUUGGCAAGAAGACGGACUUGACAGUUCGAGAACUAGGCGGCAGUAUGGGACCAAUAUGGCACAGCUACUACAAGGACUGCAAACUACUAUUGUUCAUGGUAGAUGUUUCCAAUGCAGCCCAGCUGUCAGCUUCCACUAUCCAACUGUUGACAACUUUAACAGACGACAGACUACAGGAUGUGGCAGUUCUUAUUCUACUGAACAAAGUAGACCUGCCAUCAUCCAUGACACUCACAGAGCUGAAAAGUUUGAUGAGAUUGGAGGACAUUGUUUGUCAUGCUAAACAGAAGGUCACAGUUCUAGAAAUAAGUGCCAGAGAGGGACAAGGCCUGCUAGAGACUAUAGCCUGGCUUAAGGACCAUAACAAGUAAAGAACAGUAAUGUUAUGUGUAUACAACAAGUUUAGUUACUAUGUGCCCCAAAGAAGUUUAUCUCAUUUUUACAUAGAAGGAUUUUAUAUUUAGGCCACAGCAAGUAAAUCUUAUGGUUGACAUCCCCCUCAGACUCCAAAUCUAAUGCAAUAGGCGAAAAUUAAUGUGUGCGCUGAUGUCAUCCAUAAAAAUUACUUGCUGUGGCCUAAUGUUAUGUAUAUACAUGUAGUUACUAUGUGCCCAAAAGAGGUUGAUCUCAUUUAUACAAAGAAGGAUUUACAUUUAUGCUACUUGUGUGGAGCAGGCUCUCUUCAACACUGUUAUUUUCAACAGUAACUAUCAGUGAUUUUGUGAUGCCACACAUUGUGUUCCCUGUUACAACCAAUGUUUUUGAAAAGAAGCAACUACAGUGAAACAGAGACAUAGCAUUCACUGUCAUUAAUAAAACUUUUUAUUUUUCUGUAUUUUCAAUGUU